GGGGCCGCAUGGCUCCCCACGGAGCCCUCCGGGACCUGACCAUGGCCCUUGGGGCCGCCGUGGUAGCGCUGGGCUCCCUCCUCUUCAUCGCCUGGAAGCUCUACUUCCGCGACACCGAGCUGGGCGCCAGCUGGGACAGCUGGUGGGAGCGCGAGGUGCGGGAGCUGCGGGACCGAGCCCCCGCCGGCAGCACGGUGGAGUGGAAGCAGGUGCUGGUGCUGGGGCUGGACGGAGCGGGGAAGAGCAGCGUCCUGCACUACAUCUGCAGCCAGACAGCCAGGAAACGCAUCCCUCCCACCCUGGGCUUCAACUCUGCCCAGCUGCACGUCGGGGGGCUGGAGAUGGACCUGCUGGAGGUUGGUGGCAGCCAGAACCUGCGAUCGUACUGGCCCCACUACCUGAGCGAGGCCCACGUGCUGGUCUUCGUGGUGGACUCUGUGGACAGGUCGCGCCUGCUGACGGCCCGCCAGGAGCUGCACGCGCUGCUGGCCGAGGAGCCCCGGCUGCCCCUGGUCGUGCUGGCCAACAAGCAGGAUAAGAGCGAUGCCCUGAGCACGGAGGAGCUGCAGGAGGAGCUGGCCCUGCACUCGCUCAGCGGCCAGCGGGAGCUCUUCCUCCUGCCCACCAGUGCGACCUGGGCCAGCCUGAGCACGGCCACCAGCGUGCUCCGCGUGAAGAACCUGCUGGUCACCCUGCUGUCCCAGCCCUGAGCCCGGGCAGGCUCCUGCUGGGACGUGCUGGGAGCUGCUGGAGCUGGGGCUCGUCAGCAGUUCCCACGGCACGUGUGGCGUGCACCCCGCGAGGUUUGGGAUUGAGCUGAUGCGCGGCUGCACUCGGGGACACGAGCAGCAGGCGCUCUGCCACAGGGAGAGGGCAGCCACCCCCCUAAAUCAGGGGGCAAAGCCUCCGUCGGGAGGCACCAGCAGCAGUUACCUACUGGUGAGCAGGAAACAGCACGGGACAGGGCCCUGCACCUACACAGCAGCCCUGUAGGAUAUUGGGGCUCAACUACUGAGCUAGCUGCCCGGGCAGGCUCCCCUAGGGCAGGCAAGAGGCACGGAGCAGCGUGGCAGCCACGAGGAAGCUCUCAGGGGGACAGGAGCAAGUCCCUUGCCCGGCUGUGAUGGCAACAGGGACCGAGGCAGCAUGGCUCGCGAUGCCCCUGGCCUCCCUGGAGCCGAUGUGGCUGAUGCAGCCUCAAACAAGGGGAGAAAACCAACCCCUGCUCGCAGUUUUCCUGUGCUGAUGAAGGCCACGUGGGCACUCCUGCCCAA